UGAUUUGAGUCUACAGUAUCUCAAGUUAAAGGACUUUUUUGUACUUUUACUUAACCACCAUUUUUUCCCUCUCGUUCUCCCCAAACCACAGAGAGAAGAGAAAGAAAAGGAAGGACGAAAGGCGCAAAUCCAACGCCCUCGCUCCUUGUUUUGCUAACUUACGCUUCUACUAUUUCUGCGCACCUUUCCGUUCACCUUUACACUCUCUACGUUUUUCUUUUCUUUUCUCUCACUAAAACCUCGGCAAUGACGAGGGGACUCGUGGCUCUCUUAUUCAUUUGCGAUCUCUUCGUAUUCUUUGCUUCGGUCGCCGCCAUUGACGCCCAGUCCCAGUCUGCGUCGGAGAUCAAUGUCACUGCCGCUCAGUCCAAUUUCUCGGACCCGAGAUCCAGAGAGGAUAGUUUCGCCGACAUGAUCGAUCGCGCUCUUGAGAAGGAAUUCAAUGACACUGACCAAAAUGAAGCCACUGAUCCUGGUAGUUUCAACAAUAGUGUCGCGGGGAAGCAGGCUGUCUUGGAAACUGUUGCUAGAGUUAAGACCAAGAAAAACGAGACCAAGGAAGAGAAGUCGUUUCAGCUCCAUGAUGUUUUCCAUUUGGAUAAUGAAAAUGGAGCAGAAGAUGCGCCAACAUUGAUAGAUCAAAAUGACAAUGUCUUUAUAAUAUCCAAUCCAAAGUCGAAAUAUCCUGUUCUACAACUAGACUUAAGAUUAAUAUCAGAUCUGGUAGUUGUCAUUGUCUCUGCUACAUGUGGUGGCAUUGCUUUUGCUUGUGCUGGACAACCGGUUAUUACUGGAUAUCUGCUUGCAGGAUCUAUUAUUGGGCCUGGUGGUUUUAGCUUUGUUGGUGAAAUGGUGCAAGUUGAAACAGUGGCUCAAUUUGGUGUAAUAUUUCUUCUUUUUGCACUAGGCUUGGAGUUUUCAACAACAAAGCUUCGUGUUGUUCGAGCAGUUGCUGUCCUUGGAGGUCUUCUCCAAAUUUUUCUAUUCAUGUGCUUGUGUGGUAUAACAGUCUCGUUAUGUGGGGGUAAACCUUCAGAGGGGGUUUUCGUUGGUGCAUUCUUGUCUAUGUCUUCUACAGCAGUGGUUUUGAAAUUUUUGAUGGAAAGGAAUAGUACAAGUGCCCUUCAUGGUCAGGUUACAAUUGGAACUCUUAUCUUACAGGACUGCGCUGUGGGUUUGCUGUUUGCUUUACUUCCAGUUCUAGGUGGCAGUUCUGGCAUCCUUCAAGGAUUAUUAUCCAUGACUAAAUCGUUGGUGGUUUUAAUCUCAUUUCUGGCCAUUUUGACAAUAUUAUCUCGGACUUGUGUCCCAUGGUUUCUUAAGCUCAUGAUAAGCCUAUCAUCAGAGACUAAUGAGCUCUAUCAGUUGGCAUCCGUGGCAUUCUGCUUGCUUGUUGCUUGGUGUAGUGAUAAGCUGGGUCUAAGCCUUGAGCUGGGUUCCUUUGCCGCGGGAGUGAUGAUAUCAACCACUGAUCUGGGUCAGCAUACGCUUGAACAAGUUGAACCCAUUCGCAAUUUCUUUGCUGCUCUUUUCCUUGCCAGUAUUGGGAUGUUGAUUCAUGUGCAUUUCCUUUGGAAUCACGUUGAUAUAUUGCUAGCAGCUGUAAUAUUGGUGAUUAUUAUUAAAACAAUGGUAGUUGCUGCAGUUGUCAAGGGAUUUAGAUACAGCAACAAAACUUCGAUUCUUGUAGGGAUGUCUUUGGCCCAGAUUGGAGAAUUUGCUUUUGUUCUUCUAAGUCGUGCUUCUAAUCUUCAUCUGGUUGAGGGUAAACUUUACCGGCUACUUCUGGGCACAACAGCUCUUAGUUUGGUGACUACUCCAUUGCUUUUCAAGCUGAUUCCAGCUGUUGUUCAUCUUGGUGUGCUCUUGCGGUGGUUCCCUGCUGAUAGUCCAGCUGAGAUUGGUUUUAAAGGAGAUACUGUUCGGGCGGACAGUGCUAAGCGUAUUACUUUGAUGGUCCAAGGCUCUCAUGAUUCAUGAUAAUUAAUAAAAACAUGAACCAGAAAAUUGCCAAUUUCAGCCUUUACCUGAUGGGGUUGUUAUACUCUGGAGGACAGGUGAUUAAAAGUGCAAAGGAAGUUGACUGAGUGAACAGGUUCUUUUCCAUUCCCACCUUCCCAUGACCAAGCAAAGACCGUGCAAAAAACAGCCAGCACUGAGAUAUGAACAGCAAUAUAAAUAUGAUCCUCCUUCCUCCUCCUAAUGUUGGUUCUGAUCAUCACAUUAAACUUUCCCUGAUGACCUUUGUAAAAUAGGGUCCAUUUCUAACGUAUUAUUUCAAUCUUUUCCCUUUUAGCCAGUUCAAUUGAUUGGUUUAUUUGUUUUAUUUCAUCCUUCUUUUUUUUUCUUUUUUUUUUCUUUUUUCCUGGGUGAGCUAUUAGCCAGGCUACAAAUUGCAAGUGUAUCUGUUCAUGUUUUGGUUCCUGUGGAUACCGCACCUUGAUCUUGUAAAAUAAAAUUUUGU